AUGCCGGUCGAAGCUAAGCCUACGGGUUUCUCGCUGAGCUGCAAAGAAGGCCUCUGUCAAUGGUGGAACGAUGUUUCGUCUGCUCAGGCCGAGCACCGCCUCCUCCAGCUGAUACCUUCUGUCGCACCUCCCACGGCUUCGUCUUCAUCACAAUCAACUGAUGCUCCCAUUCAUCGAACCAAAAAUGAGCAAAUCAGUGUCGUCGACUCUUUUGGGCCCAGGAACUGGCAGACGGCGCGCGUGCCGCUGCUUGGCGCUCAGAUGGAGCAGUUCAUCAACGAAUUUUCUGUAGAGCAUGCCGAGCAAGACACAAAGCACAAUCUCGUCAUGCUGCAUGGCUACGGAGCUGGUCUGGGGCUCUUCUACAAAAACUUCGAGCCGUUCUCACGCAGCAAAAACUGGAAACUCUACGCCCUGGACCUUCUGGGCAUGGGUCGUUCUGGGAGACCUGACUUCGAUAUACAGGCCAGGACUAGUAACGCCAAAGUGACAGAAGUCGAAAGCUGGUUCAUUGAUGCUCUCGAACAGUGGAGGAUCCAGCGAGGCAUUGAGAAGAUGACCCUAUUAGGACACAGUUUUGGUGCGUACAUGGCAGUCUGCUAUGCUCUGAAAUAUCCUGGCCACCUCGAGAAACUCAUCCUCGCCUCACCCGUUGGCAUACCAGAGGACAAAUAUGCUUGGAGCCCAUACACAUCAGCCCCUCCUUCUACCGUCCGAAACGAAAUUCUGCAAACUCAGCAUGAAGCCACUGGUCAGACUGAAUCUGCCGCGCCAGGGCGCCCUCCGAUACGGGCAUUGCCUCGUCUAGUCGCCUCAUUGUGGGCUGGGAACUUUUCUCCGUUCGGCUUUGUUCGUGCUGCUGGACCCUUUGGCCCCAGUCUGGUUUCGACCUGGACAUCACGGCGCUUCUCUGCACUGGCCGCAAUAGAGGCCAAAGCCUUGCAUGAUUACUGUUACUCCUUGUUCCGUCUGCGUGGGAGUGGCGACUACGCCUUGACCUACAUCUUGGCCCCUGGUGCCUACGCUCGGUCGCCGUUGAUCCGCAGGAUUGAAGGUGUAGGACGACAGUACCUGAAAAACGACCCGGAUGUGGUCAACAGUGACACCAUCUCCCAUGGUUCCAGCGACAAAACUGGACGCCAGAAUCCCAGGGAGACCGGGGUUCCUGUAGUUUUCAUGUAUGGAGAUCGCGAUUGGAUGGACAAGCAAGGAGGGCUCGACUCUGAGAUAAAAAUCAAUGCAGCGAAGCAAAAGGUAUUGAAAACCGCUACCGAAGAAGAGAAGAGAAAAGAGAAUGGCAGCGCUAAGACCUUCAUCGUUCCCAAUGCUGGUCAUCAUCUCUACCUCGACAACUUCGAAGAGUUUAACCGGUUUGUGCAGGAAGAAAUGGCAGAUGUGGAAGUUCGACAAAGACAGCUGUCAGAACCGGUUACCUAA